AAGUGAUAAACUCACACUAUCGGUCUUCUUCGACUUAACCAUCCAAAACCUGCAAACCACUGUCCAACUUUAACGCCCUAACCUUCCCACCAGCAACCCAAGAAACCUGCUGUUCCGCACGCAGACGCCAAAAAGGAUCAGGGCACUUAGGGUUCAGCGCGCACCAAUCUCCGUCGAAGGCGGCGGCGUCUUGGGCUGUCCUCGCAGCAAUGCGGGCGCCGGCGGUGAAGGCUUCCGCGCCGGAGAAGAAGACGGUUAAGCGGAGGGGCCGGCCGCCGAAGUCCGGAGGGAAAAAGUCGCAGCUCGCCCUUCUUGGGGGGUGUGCACCUGGAAAUGCAUUUGCUCCACAUGUGCUGCGUAUCAAUCAGGGUGAGGAUAUUACCCUCAAGAUUAUGCUGUUAUCAGAGCUGUAUGACAAAUCCAUCUGCAUUCUAUCAGCCAAUGGCACAUUAUCAAGUGUAACCCUCCGUCUAUCCUCACAGUCAGGUGGCCUGAACAAUGCAGUUUACCAGGGUCACUUUGAGAUAAUUUCACUAAAAGGCUCUUAUCUGCUGUCUGAUGAGGGUUGCUCAGGAAACUGCAAUGGGGGUUUAAGCAUUGUAGUUUCCACUCCCUGUGGCAGCCUGUUUGGAGGUAGUGUUGGAGGGCCUCUGAUUGCUGCAGACCCUGUGCAGGUGAUUGCUGGGAGCUUCAAUUACAUGGUGAUAGAGGAAAAGGAACCAAGCACCAGUGAGAGCGAACUUAGUGACCUGAAAGUACCCUGGGAGAUGGAUGCAAUGCCUUAUGAAGCUCCCUUUUCACCUUUGCCUCAGUUUGGGUGGUCCAGUCUUGAAGAUGUCGAACUUGGGCGCCAUGGUUUCGACCUGACCGAUGGGUAGCACUUGGCACUAGAUGCAUGCAGAUAGUAUAUGAUUGAGAUAUAACACAACAGUUAUAUGUGUCGAGCUGUUGAAAACUUGGAAUUCCACAGAUAUUUCGUGGUCAGGAGAUUACUUACAAACUCAAAUGCAUAUUUCACAGGGUGGGAAAUAUUUUUAAAUUUUAGUUCUCAAAUAUUUGAAGAAGUGUAAAACUGGUAUGCCAUUCACUUAUUCAGGAACAUAAGUGUAGUUUCGUAGACUUAUAUAUGCGAGCUAAACUAUUCAUAGAA